AUGCACAGAAUUAGUAGUUUAAACAGAUUAGUUACAAAGAGUUACAAUCAUAAAGCUCUUUUAUAUAGUAAUAUCAAUAUAUUUAGUAAAAGUACAAGAUGUUUUUCAACAUCUGAUUCAAACAAUAGUAGCAACACUCUUAAAGAUAAAGUGAGUGGUGUCGAUAUCAAAACUAAAUAUGUAAAUAACACUGCAGCCACAACUACUGCACCACCACCACCAAAAGGUAGCACAGGUGACAAAUAUAUGGAUAUGUAUAGUGGUGAGGUUCCAAAAGACGAAAAUAAGAAUGAGGGCCCAUCUAUCACUCCACUCAGUCGAUCGGAAUUUUGUAAAUCACUCUUGAUGAUGCGUAAAUCUGGAACAUUGUCAUCGGUCAAUAUGUUGGCAAAGAUGGAGAGUGAAGCAUCGUCACCAGUGUAUGGUUCGAUCGUUCCCUAUGGACUGCUGAUGAAUACCGGCGACAGCAACAACAACAACAAACUGACACCGAUCAUCAUGUUGAAAAAGAGCGAUGAACAUAUCAAGCAUUUCAAACACUUUAGCAAGGUAUCACUCGUUGUGUACCCACUGACACCUGUCGAUCGUCCACCAGCUGCCUACGCGCUGAGUCGUGUCAAUCUGAGUGGUCGCAUGUCGCCGGUAACCGAUGCCGCGCAACGCCCCGCAGCAAAGGAAGCAUUCCUCAAGAAACAUCCCGGAGCAAAGCGUAUGGUCGAAAGCAGUGACAAUGUAUUCUACCGAAUGGAUAUAACCGAUAUCUAUCACUACGAGAGAAAAGGAACCUCGCGUGUUAGUCUGGCAGACUUUGAAGUGGCAACACCCGAUGCCGUAACCAUUGACAGUCGUGAUAUCAUAGAGACACUCAACAACGAUCAUCUAGAAGCGAUUCGUUUGAUUUGCGAGCAAUAUGGUGAUAUCAGAAUCGAUGAAGCAUUCGUAUACUUUGUAGACUCUGCAGGUCUCAACGCAAUCGCCAAGAGAAAGUCGGCGGAAGAGUGGUUCGAUGUUCGUAUUCCCUAUGACAAACCAUUCAAAACAGCAAAAGAAUGUAAAGUUGGUUUAAUUGAAACAAUAAAUGAUAUUAAACAUAAACAUUUAAAUUAA